AUGCUGUUGCUGUUUCCGUUGCUCGUCUUGCCUCUUCUAACUGCAGCAGAAACCGUGCAACCUACGAUGAUGCAGGAACGAUGGAAAUUGCAGUUGAAGGACAAGGUAGAUCCUGUGGACUGGGUCGGUGAUGGGAUUUCAAAUGUGGUGGAUAAUGUUCUUCCUGUUGGACGGUUCUCUGUCGAAGCUCGAAGAAGAAAGAAGCAUAAACUGAACAAGUACCUCAUACCCCUGAUCGUCGGAUUUAUGCUAAUUAAAUCCAUCCUGCUACCCAUCGCGUUGAAAACCCUGGCGAUUUUGAGCGGAAAAGCUGUGGUCCUCAGCCUGAUGAGCCUGAUUCUGGCAGCCAUUGUGGGAUUGAAGAAGGUGGCUCAAAGUCAUUCCGGGGGUGGUUACGAGGUGGUGAAUUUGCCUGCGAAUAAAUACAAAAGGCAGGAUUUUUUCGAAAUGACGGAGGAUGCUAUCGAAUCGGAGCCUUAUAAAUAUUAUAGAGAACGACGUAAAAGGAAGUAA